AUGAACGUCUCGACGUCCAACUUCAUCAGCAUUAUGGGUUCCCGCCCGCUGUCAGACCUCUUCGCAACAACGUCGACCGCCGCCGCCUCCUCGUCAUGGAAACAAUACAUCCUCCCUGCCGCGCUGGGAUACAUCAUACUGUGUCAGGCGCUGCGGUUUCGCCGCGAGAAGGACAUGCGCCGGAAGUUCGGAUACCCAGAGUCGGACCGUGCAGGGCUGGCACGCAUGACCAACGACGAGGCGCAACAAAUCAUCAGUUAUAUCGCCUCGGCCGAAUUUCCCGAGUUCCACGUCACGGCGCUGAAUUUUGGGUUAUUCAAGGUGAGUCGUCAGUCUCAUUGGACAUACGAUCGGGUCAUCCUAUGGCAGUCUAGGGGAGGUGCCCUUGGGAAUUUGCUGAUGAGAAGUUUCUCGCAGACAUACGGCGUAGAGACAAUCAGUCGGUUGUUGCUUGGCACGAGGAACUUGACGGAUCCCGUCAAGAGUCUGAAGAGAUAUGAAGACACGGCGGCCAUCAUUGGCGAAUUCAUGAUCAACCCACCUACCUCGGAGCGCGCCAUCAAGAGCAUAGCGCGCAUGAACUUCCUGCACAGCAAGUACAUCAAAGACGGCAGUAUCUCCAAUGCAGAUCUUCUGUACACGCUGUCUGUUUUCGUGAUUGAGCCGCCGCGCUUCAUUCGCCUGUACGAAUGGCGGACGCUGAACGAGAUGGAGUACUGCGCCUACGGUGUCUUCUGGAAGUCGGUCGGCGACGCCAUGGGGAUCGAGUACAAGGGCUUCCUGGCUCGGGAGUCGUGGAGAAACGGCAUCGAGUUUGCAGAAGACAUCACCGCAUGGGCAAAGGCUUACGAGGUCGUCGCAAUGAAGCCGAGCGCCAUCAACAACAAACCGGCUCGGGCGCUCAUCCCCAUCAUCACGUACUGGGCGCCGUGGUUCGCAGAGCCAUUCGUGACUGAGAUGGUAUGCGUUCUGAUGGGCGACAGAGCGAGAGAGGCAUUUAUGCUACCCGAACCCGGCAUUGCCGCGGCCGCGACCGUGUACACGGCCCUCGCGAUCCGGCGAUUCGUGCUGCGGUACCUGACGCUGCCGCGCUUCUUCGAGGUUAAGCGCCUGGGCGACCCGGACCCGACCUCGGGACGAAUGCACACACGGUUCCCCUACGGAAACUAUCCUUACUACAUCAAGCCGACAAUCUGGAACCGCUGGGGACCGAAGGCCUGGGCGGUCUGGCUCUAUGGCGGCAAGCUGCCCGGUGACAACCCGGACGAGUACAUGCCGCAGGGUUACACGUUCACGGACUUUGGACCGAAGAACCGGAUGGGGCUGGGCGAAGAGGAGAUGGAGGUCGAUGUUACAAGGAUGAUGGCUAGUAGCUGGGGAGGUUGCCCUUUUGGUUGA